CCAUAACAAAGACACCACCAUUCUUCCUCCUUUCUGAUCAUCUUCCUCUGCUUGAUCCUCCUCCACCGCCACCGACACUGAAACCAGCCACGGCUAUGGCCACAGCAGCAGUGAUGAUACCUACCGUUAUGGCGCUUGCAAUUCUGCUGCCCAACCCGAUCGAUUGUGAUGCUCUUACAACUUCCAAACGACUCCUCAACAACGAAACUUGGGGAAACCACAAACGUCUUAUCGGAGAUGAAGACAUCGGGUCGGAGUUUCUAAUGGAGUUGCACCUGAGUCGGAUUUUGGCAGAGUCUCUAAGGUUCCAAACUAUGACAACCCCGAACGCGAACAUGGGUUCGGUGCGGGACUGCGAACGGCCACCGCGCUACGACAGCUGCCUUGGCGAGAAAAGGAAUACACCACCAGCGGAAAACUGUGGCACCUUCAACCGCGCCAAUCCCUGUUAGAAAAAAGACAACAUAUAGUAAGGGUCGGAGAUUCGACAGCUUCAUAAUUAUGAUAUCUUAGAUUUACAGCUUCUUAUAAGGAAAUAAUUGAUCAAAUUAGGUUGAAUAUCAAUUCGAACUAUUUUCAGCAGGGGUGGAUUGUGUGUUGACACGACACAUGAAAAGUAUGUGAUACGUGUGUUGUUUCAAGCCUUAGGACGAAUGACAUCUCAAACACGAAAGAUAGAAAGUAACCCCAA